UGUUCGCGAGGAAGGAAGCUACGAGAGUUCGCCUGUAUUAUCAUCAGUCUUUAUUUUUAAUCAAAGGGUAAAUGACAAAUGUAUCAGCCAAAGACUCUACCUAGUUCAAAUUUAGUUUGCAGCAACUCAUUAGUUCAAGGCCAGCACCAAGACGGCAGUGCCACUUCAAUGGCUCCUAGAAGUGGAGGCAACAAUCUCAGCGGCAAUAACUCUAGUCUGGCCUCCAGGCAACGGUUACGUUGGACACAUGAGCUGCAUGAACGUUUUGUGGAUGCUGUGGCGCAACUUGGUGGCCCAGAUAGGGCUACUCCUAAAGGUGUGCUCAGAGUCAUGGGUGUACAAGGUUUGACUAUUUACCAUGUUAAAAGCCACUUGCAGAAAUAUCGGCUUGCAAACUAUGUCCCAGAGUCUUCAUCUGAUGGUAAGAAAGUUGACAAGAAAGAAUCAGGGGACUUGUCUACUGGCUUGGACGGUUCUUCUGGUAUACAAAUAACAGAAGCACUCAAGCUACAGAUGGAAGUGCAAAAGCGGCUGCAUGAGCAAUUAGAGGUCCAGAGGCAGCUACAGUUACGAAUAGAAGCCCAAGGCAAGUACCUGAAGAAGAUAAUGGAAGAACAAGAACGGCUAGGUGGUUUUCUUGGGGAAGCGCCUGGUUCUGUGCUUCCUACCCUACCCUCUGGCCACAGCUGUCCACAAUCCGACAACAAGACUGACCCAUCAACUCCUGCUUCAACUUCCGAGUCUCCCCUCCAAGACAAGGCUUCCAAGGAAUGUGCACCAGCAAAGAGUCUCUCCUAUGAUGAGUCUUUCUCAUCCCACCAUGAACCAUUGACACCGGAUUCUGGCUGCCAUGUCAGUUCACCAGCUAUGAGCCCGAAAGGCAAGAGGUCAGCUAAACAACACCCCUUGAGCAUGGGUUCUGCAGGUGCAAAACCAGAGAUUAUACUCACACACCAGAUACUAGAAUCAAGCUUGAGUUCUGGUUUCCGGCAACCAUGUUCAGUUUCAUCGAUUGGAGAUCAUUUAGAUCCCUCGUCUGGGAAACUCUUUGGUGAUGAAGAUCGGACUUGAAAUGUUCAGGGAAGUGAUGUAUGAUCAGUGUUCCACCGUUUUAUACAAUACAGGGCUCCUCUUCACCUUCCUGCUUUUGAAAAAUUAGAAAAGAUGUAAUUUUAGAAGAUAUCAUUCAUUAGGGGUAAAAAAACUGGGUGUAUCUUUUCCAUGUUUUUAGUUAUUAGGAUGGAGGAUACUUUUUGGGCUUCCAGACUUUCCUUCUUUCCUUGCCUCCCUGUGUUGUAAUUUGUUGUAAGGCAAGAUUGUCUCACAUGAACAGAAUUCCAAAGACAAUGAAAAUAUAGAUGCCAUCUGUGGAUUUG